GAAGCAACAAACAUAACGGAUAAGUGUUACUGUAUUAUCCUCUUCUUCCUCUUCAAACUCAUCUGAGAAAGAAAAGCAAAGGGAGUUUAGUAUCACCAUGAACACUGCCACUUAUUAUCAUCACUCAAACGUCAUCCUUAAUCCUCACAUAGACAAGAGUUUGGCGAGGACUCGACAAAGAAACUCAAAUAAUAUUACAUUCAUGGCAAGAACACAAGGAAGAAGAAGAAAGAUGGGAAUGUGUUUGGUAAAAGCAUGUGCCGGUACGGGAGAAGAAGAAUCCGGAGAUCAAAGCAAGACCGAAAGAAGAAGUUUCUUGACCUUAGCAGAAGCCGGUCUUGUCGAAAUCUCGGGCCUUGGUGCACACGAGAAGUUUCUCUGUCGAUUAACGAUAUCUUCGUUGAACUUACUAAGAGUGAUAUCAGAGCAAGAAGGAUGCUCGAUAGAAGAGUUAAAUGCUGGGAAAAUAUGCGAUUGGUUCUUUAAAGAAGAGCAGAACAUGGAAUCUGCCGUUCUUCAAUGGGAUGAUCCCGAUUUUCCAUUUUAAUACUAUCGUACAUUUUAAGGUGAAAAAUAGUAUAAGAUUGCCCAUUGAAAAGGUUGAGUCGAAUUUAAGAUCUUAGGUUCUUCGUUUUCAACGUGAAUGUUGAGUCAGACUGAAGAUAUUAACUUCUUUUAACGUUUUGAUCUGCCUAGGAACCCAAAUAUAAGGCCCAUUGUUAUAAUUAUGUUUCACAUUAUCCUAAACAAACAAGUUUAGUUUGUUGAUCGCUC